AUGAGCUCGGGACAAUUGACCAGCCUUGCCAAGAGUGUAUCCUUACUUACCCCAUUCAAGGAAGGGUCGCUUCUCCUUAAUGAGCAACAUUUUUAUAAGAAUUCGAUUUUAAAACAAUGGACUUCCAAGCACGCCCAUCCCGUCACCCUUCGGCAGUUGGCUAAUUUCGGUAAACGAAUGACUCAAGAGAAGAUUGUUUCUAGUGCUAAUUUUGUACGUACCGAAAUUCCUACAAGACUAAGCUUAAAAAUAGACGAAUUGCAACAAUUACCAUAUCAAAUAACCUCAAAUCACCACAUCAAUCAGGUUUACCAGAGUUAUUACCAUUGUUUCAAUGCAUUUCGUAAGAUUGAGGAGAUCAAAUCUCUACAGGAAAACGAGAAGUUUUGCAAAUUUGUAUACAAUAUGUUGAAUGAUCAUUUGAUUGUUUUACCGCAUUUAAUGAUGGGCGCCUUGGAGGUGUCCAUUCUUGGUUUAAUGUCGCAGAAAGAUUUGGACGAAUUUAUGUCCUCCAUGCUACGAUCAAGAAUGAGUAGAAGAGUUAUAAUGGAUCAACACAUUUCAAUGUCUAGGGCUUUUAUGGAAAAUCAAAAGAAUAAUAACCAUUCUAACGAGGUAAAGCCGCCAGACUACGUUGGUGAAGCAUUUCAUUAUUGCUCGGCGCAUAGGCACCUCCGCUUAUCUUACGAUAAGAUUACUAUUUUCAUGAAGAGUCUAUACCCACAAUUACAAAUGCCAGAGCUUCAGAUAAAUGGUGAUGAUGUGAAAUUUCAGUUUAUGACUAACCAUUUGAACUAUAUAUUUACCGAGCUCCUAAGAAAUUCUCUAAAGUCAACAAUUGUUCAAUUCAUGAAGCUUAAUAAAUUGCACGAACCAGUUUCCAAUUUGAAGCCCCCUCCUAUCAUUGUAGACAUCACCAACACGAAAUCAGAGCUAACCUUCAAGAUUUCAGAUCAGGGUGGCGGUAUUCCUCCUGAAAAAAUGGAAACUCUCUGGUCAUUUGGUAAACCACCCAACUCGGCAAUGGAACACCUUGAAAAUUUCCACAAAAUACCUGGUCUUACCAUCCCCAAAAAAUUGCCGAUUGAGGAGCACCACUACUUUAGAGAUUUGUCGGAGCGUACUCACUCGUACCUUACGGAUGAUCUAGGAAAUAUUCUUGAUACCAUAGGCACAAUGGAAAUGACGUCGCACGACGAUUCCGAGUCGACUCUUGAGUCACUAGCUUCCAGACCAUUUGAGCUCACGCUAGGUAUCUCUUUACCCAUGUGUAAAGUCUACACUGAUUACUGGAAUGGUGUCCUUGAGGCUUCCAGUAUGUAUGGAUAUGGGUCAGAUUUUUAUCUCAAGUUACGGAAGCUCGGUAACAAAUCAGACACGGCCCAAUUAGACAAGGCUUGA